AUGUCGACAUGUGUGGUGAAACAACUACAGAUGGUCAAGAACGCAGCAGCGCGUCUGACGUUCAACCGAAGAAGGAUGCAGGUUCUUCUUUUCCUCAGUGUCCUCCUGGCUGCAGCCUGUGCUGCACCCUCGUACUUCUCCUUUUCCCCAGCUGUGGGGUCAGGGGUUGGAACCUCUUACACCAUCACAGGGACGGGUCGCAUCACUGCGGUCAGAACAUGGGAGAAUUAUAACAGACAAGUCCGUGGUAUCCAGCUCCGUUAUGGGUUCAAAUGGUCACCAGUUGGGGGGAACCAGGGCGGCAGAGUCAAUGAGAUUGAGCUGUUCGACGACGAGUUCAUCGUUCAGAUCUCCGGCAAGCACGUUCACUGGAUCUACAGCCUGAUGAUCGUCACCAACAGGGGGCGCUCCCUCAUUGCUGGGCAACCAGUUGGACUCACCUUCAACAUGUACCCCAGCCAUCCAAUGGCCGAGCUCCGUUUCCUGAGCGGUGGCCACCAACACGGGAUCAUAUCCUCCAUCGCCUCUCACUGGGCCGUGCUCAACAUGCCCACCAAUGGCACUGCUGAUUAG